ACAAAUUUAGUAAUGCGUGUCAGAAACUGUCGUUUGUUUUUCUUUUACUUGUCUAGUUGUCUUCUCUUCUCUACGCCAGAUUUCCAAAUUACUGAUUUUGUAUACUCUUCAAACAAGACCAAAAAAAUUUUAUAUACACAGAAAAAUGAUCAAUUAUUCUCACCUCCUAGGUCCGCCGGCCGUGGUGGGUAAACCGCCGGUUGAUCCCCUUGAAACGACUGUUGAUGACCCACUUGUUUCCCAAACUGCAAAUCUUGAUUUAAACAGUAAACCGCAAAUGGGUCUGACCGAAAACCUCUCUCCGACAUUUCUUUCUACAGGUAAUCCUUGUCUUGAUUUCUUUUUUAAUAUUGUACCUGAUACACCGUUUGAUCAAUUAAUCCAACGGCUACAGUUGGCCUGGGAUCAUGGUGCUUUGAUCACUCUCAAACUCAUUUGCAAUUUACGAGCUGUUAGAGGUACUGGUAAGUCUGACAAAGAGGGAUUUUAUGCGGCUGCGCUUUGGCUACAUAAACACCACCCUGAAACUCUUGCUCUUAAUCUUAAAGCUUUUGCUGAUUUUGGAUAUUUUAAAGAUUUUCUUGAGAUUCUUUAUCGGAUUCUUGAAGGAAUUGAAGUUAGAAAGCUGGAGAAACAAGAGUGGAUUAGUCGAAAGAGAGGGAAAAAACAAAAGAAAAGAAUUUCCAAGAAAGGGAGAUUCAAUCAAGAAAAUCAAGAAACCGUUCAACAAACUGUCAAUCAAGAAAAUCAAGAAACCGUUCAACAAACUGAAGGGGGUGAAGAAAAGAACAAAAAGGAAAAGGAGAGUGCGAGAGUUCUGAGGAAAGAAAGAGAGUUUGCUAAAGCUGCAAAAGCUUUAAACAAAUAUAAAUCAGACGCCAAUUAUCGGUUUUUGUUUGAUGCGAUUGCUGAUUUGUUUGCAGAUUUACUAAAAUCUGAUAUUGAGGCUUUGAAAUCAAAGCAGCAUCACAAAAUCAGCCUGGCUGCGAAAUGGUGCCCGUCGAUUGAUUCUUCGUUUGAUAAAGCUACAUUGAUUUAUGAAGCUAUUGCUCGAAGGGUUUUCCCUCGCGAGAGCUACAAGGAGUAUCAAGAAGUGGAAGAAUCACGUUAUGCAUUUCGUGUUAGAGACAGGUUAAGAAAGGAAGUUUUGGUUCCAUUGCACAAGAUCUUAGAAUUGCCAGAGGUCUAUAUGAGUGCAAAGAAAUGGAAUUCUCUUCCUUAUAAUAGGGUUCCUUCUGUUGCAAUGAAAACUUAUAAAGCCUUGUUUUUAAAGCAUGAUGAAGAGAGAUUUGAGGAGUAUUUGGACAAUGUGAAAAGUGGGAAGGCAAAGAUUGCUGCAGGAGCAUUGCUUCCUCAUGAGAUAAUUGGAGCAUUGAAAGAUGAAAAUGGAGGGAAAGUUGCUGAGCUUCAAUGGGCAAGAAUGGUUGAUGAUAUGUCAAAGAAAGGGAAGCUAAACAAUUGCAUUGCAGUUUGUGAUGUUUCAGGCAGUAUGGAAGGGAUUCCAAUGGAGGUAUCUGUCGCUCUUGGGUUGCUGGUUUCUGAGUUGAGUGAGGAACCAUGGAAAGGAAAGGCUUUUACUUUUAGUGAAAUUCCUGAGCUUCAUUUUAUCGAGGGAGAUUCACUGUUUGAAAAGACUGAGUUUGUGAGGAGAAUGGAUUGGGGUAGAAAUACUGAUUUUCAGAAAGUGUUUGAUAGGAUUUUGGAAGUUGCAGUUGAAAACAAGUUGAGUGAGGAUCAAUUGAUCAAAAGGGUUUUUGUCUUUAGUGAUAUGGAGUUUGAUUCUGCAUCUGCAAACUAUGGGGAUAUCUGCGGUAAUUGGAACUCGAAUAGGGAACCUGGAAGUGAAGAAGAAGAUAAGAAGAUGCAUCCAAGUGGGUGGGAAACAGAUUAUCAAGCUAUACAAAGGAAAUUUAAGGAGAAAGGAUAUACUAAGGUGCCAGAGAUUGUGUUUUGGAAUCUUAGGAACUCAUCAUCAACUCCUGUGGUGGCUAAGCAGAGUGGCGUUGCUUUGGUCAGUGGGUUCUCAAAAAAUCUCUUGAUUCUGUUCUUGGAAGAAGGUGGAAUUGUAAAUCCCGAGGACAUUAUGACUUUAGCUAUUGCUGGGGAAGAGUACAAGAAACUUGUUGUCUAUGACUGAGAAUUUUGCUUCGAAUAGUGGUUGAUUUUAGUAGUCGCUUGCCGUUUCUUUUUACUUCAAUAUCCGUUUGCGAGUUUUGAUUUUGAUUUACUAGUAUAACAGGGCUGGCUGAUCAAAUAAUAAAUGAUCGUUUCUUUGCUGAUCUCACAAA